AUGCUUAUUUUGGAUUUUACAAGCACAAUUCUUGAUUUAUAUUUGAGCCUUUUUGUAUGUCCUUUUAUAUUUCUGCCGUAUCCAGCUGGAUAUCCUUUAGGAUUAUUCAGAUUUUUAAAUAUUCCCACAUCAGUUCAAGUUUAUCUUGGCAUGAGCUUUAUUGGAGGUGCGUGUUUACUUUUCAUAAAAAAUAUCUCAAAGUACACCCUCUAUUAUAUACUUAAGUAUGAUUAAUUGAAAAAAAUCACAAGUAGGAUACAAAAAAAAAUUAUUUUGUUUUUCAGUUGUCGCAAUAUCUUUAAUAAAUUUAUUGGAGAGUCGAUAUAAUAAGUUAUGUACAAUAACAGAAGAUUCGAAAAAACGAAAAUAUCGAAGAUAUUUUAUAGCAAUUAUUCAAUACAUUUUUUCAUUCACGUUUUUUGCUCCAGUCUAUUUCAAUAUUCCUGAUGAGAAUUAUGCGAUUCAAGUUUUAACAAGCGAAUUAUAUUGUGUUGACCCCGAAAAAUUCCAUAAUCCAUAUUUUUUCUGUUUGACACUUCAACCCGAGAUUGCAAUGUUUUCUAUUUUAUCUGCCAUAAUUUUAGUUGUUCCUCAAAUGAUAUUUUAUCCAAUUGGAUCUUUUCGAUAUCUCAACAAAAAUAGAAACUCAACUUCAAGAACAACAUAUAUUUUUCGAAUGAAAUUUAUUCUGGCACUAUGCUUCCAAGUAUUCAUUCCAGUUAUUUUUCUGGUUGUUCCAUCAACUUUUGUUGUUUUUUCACUUUAUACGAAAUAUUUUAAUCAAGGAAUCACAAAUUUAUCCAUGAUAUUUUUUGCAACACAUGGCGGAAUAUCAUCAAUUGUUACUCUAAUUGUUCACAAACCGUAUCGUGAUUUUACACUCCAAACACUUUAUCAAUUCAAAAUAUUUCGAUUUAUCAUAAAAAUUCCGAAAGUAAGAGAUCAUCGUGAAACUGCAUUAGAGUUUUAUAAAGAAGCUCGUCCAAAAUCAACCGUUGUUGGAAGAAACCUACCUCAAAGGAACUUAUAUGUACAAUAA